AUUCCUGUGCCGUAUAGUUUACUGUUGUCAAGCAGUAGACAACGGCACAUCAUUGUUUUUAACUGGAAUCUUACCCUGAAAAUACAACUCUUGAAUCAUAUAAGUUCUGAACUUGAAAUGAUCUGAUUAUUAUCCAUAAUCUGUGGUCUUAAAUAAAAACUACAAAGGUCCACCAUGCCUGGGGACUCUCGGAAAGACUUUGUCUUGGUGACAACGGCCAAUUACUUCGCCAUCCCAAUCACCGACAAUGCCAUCACAAGUCUCUUCAACGCCACAUCCCUCAACAACUUCUUAGAUGAUGGAAAUGUGACUAUCCUAGCAGGAAAGUUAGAUGGGCGCAGUGACAAGAAGAUUGAUUUCCAGAACAGAGUGGAAUCAUCAGAUUCCAAGGAGAGAGUGAUUGUGUUUUUCAAAAUCCGUCCUGAAGCAAUCACUCCAGACAACACUCAGUCCAACAUCAUUGUGUCAUCCAUGAUUGACUCCCCUCUGAACACUUUGUACCAUGCUGUGCAAAAGGUGUAUGCUCCAUUACUUCUGGACGAUGGAAAGUAUAGUCGUAACCUUGACCCCAAACUGCAGAGUCUUCUGAGUGAGCUUGAGGCUGGGCUGGGUUCUGCCAUGCGCAAGAAGGACCCCAGCUUCAGGGGUCGUUCUGGUGACGGGGGAGAGGAGAAUCUCGGCAGUAUCUUGACCCCCAUGGAUGAGUUCCAGUACUGGCAAGACCUCUCUCGGUCCAGUGCAGGUAGUGGUGAUCAACGGGAAGCUGCGGAGAGCUAUGUGGAACUGUUUGGUCCUAUCUCCAAAGAUUAUGGGGGGCUGGAUGCGAUGCCCCUGGGGGACAGCAUGGAACUGGUGGAGAUCACACAGGACACGUUGGACGAUGUGUGGAAGCAAGGAGAGCCACCCUACCCUGAGCCACGCAUGAGGCAUCUUAUGGAGGUCAUCGCUGGGUCUCUGGGUCGUUAUGUCCAGCAGAAACUUGCUACAGUCAACAUGUGGACUGGUCAGUUUAGCUCUGUGCGUGAAUCGUUGAGGACCGGCAUUGGGCUGUGUGAGCGCUGGGUCAGCUCGUGUGAGACCUUGACCUCACAGUUCUGGAAGAGGUAUGCACCACACCCGUGGAAAGGAGAAACAUGCAAGUGUAGGAACCUCAAAAAACUGGCAGACAGGUUGGAGGAGAUCCUGUCUAUCCGUACAGUCCAUGAACAGCUCCUACGCCUGUUGUCUUCACAAGAGCAGAAAGAACUCAAUGUGGCUGAAGCCUUCAACCCCUUCCUGGGUUUGAACCCUCUGCAAUACAACCCCUACACCCAGCCCUUAUGGGCGGCAGCCGUGGCUCAGUAUGAGCGGUCCAUGGAGCCAGCGCAGCAAAGAAUUGCAGGGAAACUGCGUAGCCAGUUCAGGCAACUAGACCAAAACCCACAGCAGCUGUUGCGGGAAUUCCAGCGGUACAAAGAGCUGGUACGUCGACCGAUUAUCACCAAGGAGCUGGUAGCAGAGAGAGAGACUCUCCUGGGCCAGCUGAUCACGUAUGUGCGACAAGUCAACGAGGACUUCAACUCUCGCACAGGACGCGGCUCUGGUCAGAUCCCCAAGGGCAAAAACAACCCCAGCAUCGUCAACAACAUCAUCUUUGUCAGACAGCUGGAGGCCAAGAUUGAUGAGACCCGACUGAUCGCAGAUGCGCUACUGGGUGACCUUGACGGCUACCAGAAGUUCCAGAAGGACAUGACUGAUCUGAAGGAGGAGCUGGUGACUUGGCGCCGGGACCAGUUUGAUGAGUGGACCAGGGAAGUGCAGGCGCUCAUUGAGGACCACCGCAAGCCUCUGAGCCUGGAGACGAGUGGCAAGUUGAUGGAGCUAAACCACAAGGAUGGAAAGCUGAGGGUCAACUACAGCGAGAGGCUGGUCACUUUGCUAAGGGAGGUCAGACAGCUCAGCUCCAUGGGCUUCUCCGUGCCGGUCAAGAUACAACAUGUUUCUGACACGGCACAGAAGUUCUACCGGCACGGGGUGGUGCUUAAACAGGUGGCCCACUUCUACAACACCAUCGACCAGCAGAUGAUCCCAAGCCAACAGGCCAUGAUGUUGGAGUCAGCGCUUGCCUUUGAGAAGUUGGUGAAAAGUCCAAAAGCCGGUUUCAAGGCAAAGGGAGACGAUGUGCAGGUGACCUGGGACAACCCAGAACAGAUGGAACACUACAUCAAGAAACUCCAGACUGCUGCUGACCGACUGACCACUGAGAACAGGAAGCUGAGGAAGUCACACUUUGAUGUGUCGGAAAAGGUCCAACAACUGAUGAGCAUUGACCUCCUGCGACAGCAACAGCGCUGGAAAGAUGUGCUGAUGGACAUCCGCCACCAGAUGGCGCACCUGGUCCAGCAGGGUUUCGCCAGUGAGAACAUGACCCCCUGGAAGGCCCACUGGGACAGGCAGCUGUACAAAGCUCUGGAACAUCAGUACCUGCUGGGGGUGGAAGCGCUGAACGAGAACCUGCCUGAGAUCAAAGUGGAACUCACAUACAGACAACAACGUCUACAGUUCCGUCCCCCUUUUGAAGAGAUCAAGGCAAAAUAUUUCCGUGAGAUGAAAAAGUUCAUCAGCAUCCCCAACCACUUCAAGGGCGUUGGAGACGGGGGUUCCAACCUCAUUUUCACUGCCAUCAUCGACCGCAAUGCUGGCAGCUUUGUCACAUGCUACCGGAAGGCAGACAUCUUGUUUACUCGUCUGGCCUCGGUGGAGGAACAGUUCAAGGACUGGGUAGUGCUGGGAGCCAUUGACCUGGAUCAGUUUGUCCAGGACAACCUAGUACAGAUCUCAGACUGGGAGAAGAAUUUCCGUGCUCUCAAAGCCCGAGGUCGGGAUGCUGAGAAACUGCCCAGUCAAAUCAAAGUAGACUGCAUCACAGUAAACACGACCCCCGUGAAGGCCGUGAUCGACGACCACAUCCAGAGACUGUUUGACGCACUCCUCAACUCUCUGCGUAAGUCCAUCAACAGAGAUGUCAGUGACAUUGACACAUUUGUCAGCUCUGCCAUGGACACACUGUCACAGCGGCCACAGACUGUGGAGGAGAUAGGGGAGGCCAAUGCCAAGCACACAGAGUUUGGAGCUACCAAAAAAACAGUGAAGCCUCUGUUUGAGAAGGCUGAGAGCAAGAAUAAACUUUUGCGCUCGGUGGCUGGGGGAGGAGUGGACUCGCUGACACAGCUACAGAGUCGAUGGGACAAGUUUGAGAUCAUGAUGGAGUCACAUCAGCUGAUGGUCAAGGAACAGGUGGAAGUUAUGAAGAGCAACGUCCAGUCACGGGUCAAAGCCUUUGAACAGGAAGUGGACAAGUUCACUGCCCGCUGGCACCAGCUCAAGCCAGGUGAUGAUGCCCUGGAGGGGGACAAAGACACAUGUGACAAGGCAGUGGCCAUCAUUAAAGAGAAGAGACAAGAGUUCCAGGAACUGGAGGAGACCAUGAAGAAAUUGCAGUCAGAUUGUGCACAUUUCAACAUAGAGAACCAGGACUUUGUGUCCAUGGAGGAGCUGAAGGAUGACCUGGCCCACUACGAGAACAUGUGGUCACUCUAUGAGGAGUUCAACACAGGGCUGCAGGAGCUGGCCAAGGAGGACUGGAUCUCUUUCAGGUCAAAGGCAUACUUGUUUGAGGAAUUUCUUGGAGGGUGGUAUGAGAAGAUCAAGACAAAGGAGACCACCACAAUGACUGUCAAGAUACAGAAAGACAUUGAGACGUACAAGGAACUGAACCAGCGUGCCCAGGGGGAGGUAACUAUCCGUGAGGCCAUCAGGGAGCUGGAGUUGUGGGGGGCUGGGGCUGUGUUUGCCCUCACAGAGUACGAGGACAGUGGGAAGAACAAGAUGAACCUCAUCAAGGACUGGAAGGAUCUCGUUAACCAGGUGGGAGACAACCAAUGCCUGCUGCAGUCCCUUAAGGACUCCCCCUACUACAAAAGUUUUGAGGACAAGGCCUCUGUGUGGGAGCAGCGUUUGGCUGACCUGGACGAGUACCUUCACAACCUGAACCUCAUACAGCGCAAGUGGGUCUACCUGGAGCCCAUCUUUGGUCGCGGGGCCCUGCCUAAAGAACAAGGGAGAUUCAAGAGAGUGGACGAUGAUUUCAGGAACAUUAUGCGUGAUGUGAACCGCGACAACCGAGUUCUCUCAUUGGUCAAUCAGUCAGGCCUGCGGCAGUUACUGACCACCAUGCUUGAUCAGUUGCAGAGAUGUCAGAAGUCUCUCAAUGAGUUCCUCGAGGAAAAACGUUCUCUGUUCCCACGGUUUUACUUCAUCGGUGACGAUGACUUGCUGGAGAUUCUGGGUCAGGCCACAAAUCCUACAGUGAUCCAGUCUCACCUGAAGAAGCUGUUUGCCGGGAUCCACUCUGUGGAGUUUGACCAGGACAAUGCUCACAUCGUGGCCAUGAAGUCUCUGCACGGGGAGCUGGUGCCUCUCAAGCGAAACGUCAAGAUCACCCCAGACGUGGAGGUGUGGCUGAGUAAACUAGCCGAUGAGAUGAAGGACACCCUGAAAGAACUGCUGGUCUCCUGUCUUAAGGAUGCUAAGUCUGGCCGGGCUGGCCUUGACCCCAACAAAUACCCAUCUCAGAUUCUGUGCCUUACGGAGUACAUCCGGUUCACGGAGAACUGUGAGGAAGCCAUCAAGAGAAACAGCCUGCGUGAGCUCCUGGGGGAGGUGGAGAGUCAGCUGGAGGGUUACACAGGAGUGGACCUGGGAGGUGGAGGAUCCACAGAGGCCAACGUGCUACAGCUGAAGCUGAAGGCUUUGAUCCUUGACACCAUUCACAACAUGGAGGUGGUACAUCAGCUGAUGGAGGCGAACAUACGGACCAUGCAGGACUGGCAGUGGCAGAAGCAGUUACGGUACUACGUGCGUCGUGACGGCCUGUGUCUCAUGAGAAUGGUAGACUCGGAGUUCGAGUACACGUAUGAGUACCAAGGCAAUGCGGCCAAACUGGUACACACACCUCUCACAGACAAGUGUUACCUCACUCUCACACAAGGUAUGCACAUGGGCCUGGGAGGGAACCCGUACGGCCCAGCUGGUACUGGCAAGACUGAGUCCGUGAAAGCGCUGGGUGGCCUGUUUGGUCGACAGGUGCUGGUCUUUAACUGUGAUGAGGGCAUUGAUGUGAAGUCCAUGGGUCGAAUCUUCAUCGGCCUGGUCAAGUGUGGAGCCUGGGGAUGUUUUGAUGAGUUCAACCGUCUGGAGGAAGCCGUGUUGUCCGCCGUGUCUAUGCAGAUCCAGGUCAUACAGGACGCCAUCAAGGACAAGGCCAGAUCUAUAGAGCUGCUGGAGAGAAAUGUGAACAUUGACCACAACUCUGGAAUCUUCAUCACCAUGAACCCAGCUGGCAAAGGUUAUGGAGGUCGCCAGAAACUUCCGGACAACUUGAAACAGCUGUUCCGCCCAGUGGCCAUGUCAAAACCGGACAAUGACCUUAUCGCUGAGGUCAUCCUGUUCUCUGAGGGUUUCAAACAGGCAAAGGCUCUCGGUCGGAAACUGGUCAGCAUCUUUACCUUGUCAAAUGAGCUGCUGACCCCCCAACAACACUAUGACUGGGGUCUGAGAGCCCUCAAGACUGUGCUGAGUGGCUGUGGGAACCUCCUACAGAACGCCAAGAAAGGUGACAACGGCAAAGUGGAUGCUGGUCUAGAGGCCAAGCUGGCGGUCCAGGCACUGAGGAUCAACACACUGUCCAAACUGACCUUCUCUGACAGUAAACGCUUCGACGCUCUGGUCAGGGAUGUGUUCCCAGGGGUAGAGUUCAAGGACAUUGAAUAUGAGUCUCUCGGUGCCGCCUUUAGAGAGGUCUGUGUGGAGAACAACUUGUUGGUCAAUGAGAACCAGGUGAAGAAAGCCCUAGAACUGUAUGAACAGUUACGCCAGCGUAUGGGGGUGGUGGUCGUGGGACCCAGCGGCUCAGGGAAGACAACUCUGUGGAAGAUUCUACGUCUGGCCAUGAUCAAACAAGGUCGUGAGGUCAAACAGUAUGUCAUGAACCCCAAGGCCAUGCCACGUACACAGUUGCUGGGUCAGAUUGACAUGGACACUCGUGAGUGGACAGACGGAGUGUUGACCUACAGUGCCAGACAGGUGGUCAGAGAACCACAGGAGGUACAGUCGUGGAUUGUGUGUGAUGGUGACAUUGACCCUGAGUGGAUCGAGUCGUUAAACUCGGUCCUUGAUGACAACCGUCUGCUGACCAUGCCCUCCGGGGAAAGAAUUCAGUUUGGCCCCAACGUCAAUUUCCUGUUUGAGACUCACGACCUCAGUUGUGCUUCUCCUGCCACCAUCUCCCGCAUGGGCAUGAUUUUCCUUAGCGAUGAGGAUGUAGAUGUGAAGGCACUGGUCAAUGCUUGGCUCAAGACCCAGCCAGAGACUGACCAACAAAUGUUGUCUGGCUGGAUCGAGGACUACUUCUACCGUGGCAUGCAGUGGGUGCGGAAACAGAAUGACCUAGUAGUGGACACAAGCCUGGUGGGUAUUGUCCUGAACGGUCUGUCUCACCUCCACCAUGUCCUCUGCAAAGCCCACUUUGCCGUCUGUCUCAUACAUGGACUUGGGGGAAAUCUCAGUGAGGGAUCUCGUGAAGUCUUUGCGAAGGAGGUGUUUUCCUGGACCAAUGAGACGCCCCCAGACUCUCGGCGGCCACUGGACACCUACUACGAUGAUCGAUCGGGUAGACUGAUGCAGUACAACAUGGAGACUGUGGAAGACUUGAAAGCAGAACAUUUCAUGUCGUCCAUGUCACUGCCGGUCAUCCGCACCGGGGAUGUCCAACGGGCACUGGACUACUUCCUGCCCUGGCUGGACGCUGACAACAAACAACCCUUCAUCAUCUGUGGGCCGGAGGGGUGUGGCAAAGGGUGAGUCACAUGCAUAUUGUUUGCUUCCUAGUCUAGAGGCAAGGGGUGAGUCACACAUAUAUUGUUUGCUUCCUAGUCUAGAGGCAAGGGGUGAGUCACACAUAUAUUGUUUGCUUC